AUGGAGACGGGCAUCGGAUCCGUGGACGGGCCCAAGGGGGCGCCCAGCGGUGCGGUGGCGUGCCCGGCGACGUUCCCAGCGUCGUCGCCCACCUUCGUCGGCUCCCCGGAGGCCACGCUGGGGCGCCACCUUGCGCGGCGCCUGGUGCAGGUCGGCGUGGGCGACGUGUUCGCCGUGCCCGGCGACUUCAACCUGACCCUCCUCGACCACCUCGUAGCCGAGCCCGGGCUGCGCCUCGUCGGCUGCUGCAACGAGCUCAACGCCGGCUACGCCGCCGACGGCGAGAACCUCCCCCUGAUCUGCAUCGUCGGCGGGCCCAACUCCAACGACUACGGCACCAACCGGGUUCUUCAUCAUACCAUCGGCCUCCCUGAUUUCUCUCAGGAGCUGCGGUGCUUCACGCCGGUGACGUGCUACCAGGCCGUCGUUAACAACCUCGAUGACGCCCACGAGCAGAUCGACAAGGCUAUCUCCACGGCUCUUAAGGAGAGCAAGCCAGUCUACAUCAGCGUCAGCUGCAACCUCCCCAGCGUCCCCCACCCCACCUUCAGCCGCGACCCCGCCCCCUACUUCCUCGCACCAAGGAUGAGCAACCAGAUGGGACUUGAGGCGGCGGUGGAGGCGACGGUGGCUUUCCUGGACAAGGCGGUGAAGCCGGUGAUGGUGGCUGGGCCCAAGCUGCGGGUGGCCAAGGCGGGCGCGGCGUUCGCGGGGCUGGUGGCGGAGACGCUGCCGCGCUUCAUCGGCACCUACUGGGGUGCGGUGAGCACGGCCUUCUGCGCCGAGAUCGUCGAGUCAGCGGAUGCCUACCUCUUCGCCGGCCCCAUCUUCAACGACUACAGCUCGGUGGGCUACUCCUUCCUGCUCAAGAAGGAGAAGGCGGUGAUCGUGCAGCCCGACCGCGUCACCGUCGGCAACGGCCCGGCAUUCGGCUGCAUCAUGAUGAAGGACUUCCUGACCGAGCUGGGCAAGCGCCUCAAGAAGAACACCACCGCCUAUGAGAACUACAAGCGGAUCUGGGUGCCCGAGGGGCAGCCGCCCGAGAGCGAGCCCGGUGAACCGCUGCGCGUCAACGUGCUCUUCAAGCACAUCCAGAAGAUGCUCACCGGCGACAGCGCCGUCAUUGCCGAGACCGGCGACUCGUGGUUCAACUGCCAGAAGCUCAAGCUCCCCGACGGCUGCGGGUACGAGUUCCAGAUGCAGUACGGCUCCAUCGGUUGGUCGGUCGGGGCGCUCCUCGGGUACGCGCAGGCUGCCACGGACAAGCGCGUCAUCGCCUGCAUCGGCGACGGCAGCUUCCAGGUGACGGCGCAGGACGUGUCCACCAUGCUCCGCUGCGGCCACAACAGCAUCAUCUUCCUCAUCAACAACGGCGGCUACACCAUCGAGGUCGAGAUCCACGACGGGCCAUACAACGAGGAGCUGACGGCGGCCAUCGAGACGGUGACCGGGGACAAGAAGGACUACCUGUGCUUCAUUGAGGUGGUGGCGCACAAGGACGACACCAGCAAGGAGCUCCUCGAGUGGGGAUCCAGGGUAUCCGCCGCCAACUCCAGGCCACCCAACCCGCAGUAG